UGCGAGCUUGCACUGCGCAGUGCACACACUCUCAAACAGCAGCCUCUCGCCUGCCGUCUGAACCAAAGGUUAACCUGCGGCAUAAAUCGCUCGCGUCGUCGUUGUCUUUGGUGCUCGUGGGGAAUGGAUGCAAAUCCAGCAAUUUCCUUGUCACUGUUAUACAGGGAUGAUCCGAUUUACUCAUUGUGUGCUUCGGACUUGAUGACUGCAUCUCAAACAGUGAAUAAUAAUUUCAUUAAGGAACAGAAGCAACUGAUUAAGACACUAAAGAAACUGGAACAACAAAAGCUUCUUCGCAUGCGCCAGCUCAAUGAAGAGAAGAAGCAAUUUGCUGCCCUCAUGAGGAGGAAGCUGUCCCAGAGGGGGAGCAGUGCGCAAACAGCCUUUGGCCCAUCAGCAUUCAUGCCAGAAUGCUCCAAUAGGGCCUCCUCUGCCCCUGUCUGCCACUUCCCUGCCCCCAGCCACAGGGAGAACAGCGCAAAGAACAGCACAAUCUCAAAAACCAGCACCUACAGUACUUUGUCAAAAUAUUCCCCUUCCCCACAGCAACCACUGUCUCUGGAUACACAAAGGAGUAUUGGGGUGAAAAUGUAUGUUAACUCAACAAGAGGUGUUUGUAAAUGUGGACACUCCUGUAAGCUGUUAACAAGGAGUGAGAGCUGUCUUCCGGUACUGCAGUAGUACCUUUGCCGUGGGAGAGACCCAGCAAGAAUAUUAUGGAACUUUGGAUGCAUGGGAGCUUUAGACCAAGCAGCAGAGACAUGAACCAACUUCUGCUGCUCUUUGCUUGGGUCUGCUUUAAGGGUAUUGUCACUGUCUCACAGAUAAUAUGAAAUGUAGGCUAAUGUGCAUCUAUUGUUACCUAAAUGGAUAAUGUAAGGAGAAUGUCAAUAUCUAGCUGAUUUGUAGAUAAUCUGUGAGUUACUAAGGUUUUUUUGUCUCAAACUGCAUAUAUCCUGUUUUGUCUGUGCACUAACCUUUUGGGCUCAUGCUGUGUGUGUGUGUAACUUCACCAUGCUGUUUGAGGGCAGGUGGGAGGCAGGUAGACAGUACUGAAAUUAGAAGGAUCACAGUUUCCUCUCAAUUAAAAUGUAAAAAUUCCAAUUUGACAGAAAAUGGCACGUGCAGCUCAGGACUAAUCUGCACACAUUAAAGAUAGUUACAUAUUUGACAUGAAAAUAAACAUACAUCGUUUUAUAUUUAAUCAAAAUGUAUAUAUAGGCUAUAUAUACAUAUAUAUUUUAAAUGAAGGUCUUAAACUUCAACUCAAUGCCAUAAAUCUUUUCAGGAAUGGCUGCAGCACGAGAAGCUGUUUCGCCUACAGUGCGUAAUUAUAGAUGGCAUUAACUAUCCCUAAUUAUAAUGGUUUUGGUUAGAAAAUAAACGGUGUGUGUGUUAUUGUGUAUGGUCUUGCACAGUACAGUAGGCUAAGUGGUUCGAUGACAUCAUCGUACACAUGACGCCGUUAAUUUCGCCAUGGAUUUCAUGGGCUGAGGUCCGCUACACUUGCAUUGUACCAACAGGUGGACAGUAAUGAGAUUAGAAGGAUCACACAGUUUCCUCCCAAUUAAAAUUUAUAAAUUCCAAUUUGACAGAAAAUGGCACGUGCAACCAGGAGUGCUAUCUUCACCUUUUGACGGUAAUAAAACAAAUGCAUGGAGUUAAAGUUAAUUAUUUUACUAUUGAAAGGCAACAUACAUCGUUUUUCAUUAAAUCAGAACGUACAUACAUAAUUAUUAUUUUUUUAAAUAAAGGUCUUGCACAGUACAGUAGGCUAAGUGUUUCGAUGACAUCAUCGUACACAUGACGCAGUUAAUUACUCCAUGGAUUUCAUGGGCUGAGGUGAGGUCCGCUACACUUGCCUUGUACCGACAAAGGGAAGUUAAUCACAGUGAAGUUGCAAUAGCUAAUCGUCAAGGCUGUUGCGUUUCCACAGAAUUAUGUGAAAAUAACAAAGAAACAAAAAUCAGGGGACUAAAAAAAAUCUCUGAGAAAAACAAACCGCGGAAUAGACCGAAGAUCGGCAACCUGUUGGGAAAGAAAAUAAUUUUGAGAGCAGAGUCCUGUCUAGAGGUGAACGAUGGGUGCUGUUCUGGGGGCCUUUUCUGUGGCAAACUGGAUCCCGUGCCUGUGCAGCAGUGCCACGUGUCUGCUGUGCAGAUGCUGUCCCAGCAGCAAGAACUCCACGGUGACGCGGCUCGUCUACGCCUUCAUCCUGCUGCUGGGGACCAUCGUGUCCUGCGUCAUGCUGUCCCCGGGCAUGGAGAAGCAGCUGAAGAAGAUUCCUGGGUUCUGUGAAGGUGGAGCGGGCUCCUCCAUCCCUGGAGUCCACAUCGACGUCAACUGCGAUAUUUUUGUUGGCUACAAAGCUGUGUACCGGGUCUGUUUUGGCAUGGGCAUCUGCUUCCUCUUCUUCGCCCUGCUCAUGAUCAACGUGAAGAAUAGCCGAGACCCCAGAGCAGCUGUCCAUAAUGGGUUUUGGUUUUUCAAGAUAGCGGCCAUAAUUGCAGUCACAGCCGGUGCCUUUUACAUUCCAGAGGGGUCUUUCACCCGCGCCUGGUUUGUUGUGGGCACCGGUGGAGCAUUCGUCUUCAUCCUGAUCCAGCUGGUUCUCCUGGUGGACUUUGCCCACUCCUGGAACGAGGCGUGGGUAGAUAAAAUGGAGAAUGGCAACUCAAAGGCCUGGUAUGCCGCGUUGCUGUCAGUGACCGGCCUGUGCUACAUCUUCUCCUUGGUUGCCAUCAUCCUGUUCUUCGUCUUCUACACCCAGCCGGAGGGUUGCGGUGUGAACAAAUUCUUCAUCAGCUUUAACAUGAUCCUCUGCAUGGUGGUUUCUGUCGUUUCUGUUUUGCCCAAAGUGCAGGAAGCCCAGCCUCGAUCAGGUCUUCUUCAGUCCUCCCUCAUCACUCUCUACACCAUGUACCUGACUUGGUCAGCCAUGACCAACGAGCCCGAGCGCGAGUGCAACCCCAGCCUGCUCAGCAUCAUCCAGCAGAUGGCCGCUCCCACGCCCACCCCGGAGACGGCGGAGAAUCAGACCGCCACGGUGAUCAUCAGCACCGAAGAGCCCGCCCCCACCGCCCCGUACCUGCAGUGGUGGGACGCCCAGAGCAUCGUGGGAUUGGCCCUUUUUGUCCUCUGCAUUCUGUACUCGAGCAUCCGCUCCUCCAGCACCAGCCAAGUGAACAAGCUGACUCUGGCGUCCAAGGACACCGUCAUCCUGGAGGAGACCUCGGUGGCGGCCCCGGAGGAGGCGGAGGACGGGGACGGGCCCAGGAGGGUGGAGGACAACGAGAGGGACAUGGUGAAGUACAGCUACUCUUUCUUCCAUUUCAUGCUCUUCCUGGCCUCGCUCUACAUCAUGAUGACGCUCACUAACUGGUACAGCCCCGAUGCUCACUACAACACAAUGACCAGCAAGUGGCCCUCGGUGUGGGUGAAGAUCUGCUCCAGCUGGGUCUGCCUGGCGCUGUACGCCUGGACUCUGAUCGCUCCCGCAGUGCUCACCGGCCGCGACUUCAGCUGAACUCCAGUAUGACGCACUCUGCACUUCCUCUCAAAGCCAAAGUUUCUCACAUUGCACAGUUCUUACAAUGUUCCCACCAUCACUGACCAUUUUAUGAACAAUUACCAUUUUGCCUGCAGCACAUUAUACGGGUUUCCCGGUCAAAACUGGAAUUGUUAUAUUUUGUAAAGUUUAAAAAACCUAUAUUGGUUUGUGCAAUUAUUUUUGUGGUUAGUUAAACCUAGAUAAAAAGGAGCAUCAGAAAUCACUAGGUGUUGAAAUGUUCACUUUGUCAGGGAAAAAAUUAUUUGAAUUAUGAAAUUAUGUUAUAUAUAUAUGCUGGAAUUCAAAUUCAAGAAUUGGUCAUUAUGAAUAGUUCCUAGCAGUUCUGGCUGCUUUUCUGUAAAUAUUUCAUUUCGGUGUUGCAUAUAGUGAGAAGUGCUGGUGCAAUCUCUCGAAACAGAAAGAAAAAUGUUGUCAUUUUGAUUACACAACGAAAGGCGCAGAGGAACGACUGGUACCUGUGUGACUGAAGAUCACAGCUGUCUUUCAGAGAUGCGAGCGAUAAACAGAAAGAUGGAAGAUAAACAUUUUGCACAUACUGCAGAACUACUGAAAAUGUAAAUACAAAUUUAAAUGUGUGAUUUAUUGCAAGCAAAGAUCCAAUCGCUUGCUUAUGCAAGUAUAGCCGUAACACUACGAUUGUGUCCUGUUUAGCCAACUAGCGAUGCACACUGCCAUAAUUUCAUUUUGUUUUUGUUGUUGCAUCAUAUGAUAUUCUUAGAUAAAUAUGAUUGUCAUGAAUUUUUAUAUUUUGACUUCAUAGGCUUAAUUGAAUACCAUUCCUUAUGUUGUGUAGUCUGUUUAGACCUGCACCCAUUCCAUUAUGUUUUACUUCAGUGGUUCUGUUAGAUACAGACAUUUCAAACUUGACAUAAAGUGGCUAAAAUGGUUUCCACAGAUCUGCGCAAAGCUGAAGGCUUGUGUACAUGUGCACUGUAGAAAUUAGCCAACAGGUCUGUCAGUCUUUCCUGUAUGCUGUAUAUUAGCUUAAGCAAUACGGUCUUGUUUGCUGCUGUUUCAAUGUGAAGCUUUACAUUGCCAGUCUUAUAGUUUAAGUUGCACUAGUCUCAAAUGUCCUAUUGUGCUAGAAUAUUUUUUCAAAACAUUACAUUUCAUAUAACCGUUAUCUAUUACAGUAUGAUGCUGUUCACUGCCUUACAUUUUCUAUGUGAAUUGUGCACUUCACCAUCUUAAUUUUAAAGCAUGGCAAAACUUGAGAGAAAAAAUCAAUGUGGAGAGAUCUGUAAAUAUUUGAAUCGCUGAAUUUGAGAUGUAGAUGCUUUUUGCCAAAUAUUUCUGAAAGAUAGCUUUAUAAUAGUACAUACUGUAUUUAUGUUUUGAGUGUAAUAUUAUCAUAGUUAGUAAAUGGUAUGAAGCAAUGUUAUAAGGGUGGAUUGGAGAUGUUAAAAGUAUUGAUUUGAAUUGAAUACCCUAGAAGGCUGGAUUACCAAAUUAAUGACCAAUGUUGAUUGUUUUAAAUGAGCUGAUUUGUCAGCUCAGAUGUUCCAUCACGGAGUACAUUUUAUUGGCUGCACUGAGUCACAUGUUUACCAUCUGUAUUCCCCAUUAAUGUAGAGUUAAUAAAGAACAUGGAAUAGUUCAUGGGUGUAAUGUUACUCUAAAUAUGGCGGUGCUUUCAAUUCGUCCAUAGAUAGAAUUUACACUACGGGGAAAACAGGUUUCUUUAAAAAAAAGAAAAGUUUAUAUUUGACAUGUUGGCUCUGAGAGAUCAAAGAACACAUUUUGACCACCUGCCAAUGGUCAUGCACUGGUGUCUGAUCCACUUACUAUGAAUGCUUAGUCUGUACUUUAUCCAUUCCAUGCAUGUGUAUAUAUAGAUAGAUGGAAAAUGUAUUGGCAUCAGCUUGUAAAUGUGCUAAUGAAGAGGCUAAGCUGUUAGCUGUCAGCAGAUUUUCAUUCUAUGCUUGUGAAUCGCAGCCCAAAGAGUUGCUAAACUGUCACAGUGAUUUGAGUGCAGUUCACUAGCAUCUUCAUUCUGUGUACUGAUCCAUUUUUGGUAGACAGAAAAAGCUCAAAUUUUGCUCAGUCAUAGCCAAGUGAGAUCACUGAAAUCUUUCAUUUUGCGGACAAAUAAGUACGUUGGUAGCUAGAAAACUAUACAUUUUUGUCAGAAACAAGAACAUAAAAUCUCAGGUUAUCAUGAUGUGCUGCACUCCUUGAAUGCUAAGAGCACAUUUAAUUUCCUCAUACUGCUGAAAAACAUCCUCUGAAAAAUGUCUUAGGUUUUGUUUGCUAGCUUCCAGGUAAAAUUGUAAAUUGUAUGAUUGGUGUGUGAACCAUUUGAAAAGUGAAGUAUUGCUUGGAUAUGUAUUACUUGGAUAUCCAGGUAAAAUCCAAGCAAUUCAUGGAUAUAUCUUUGUCUUUAAUGAAACUACAAAAACACCUGCAACCACUUCUCAAUAAUGGCAGCAGUGAUAAAUUUCCUCUUGCGCUUAGAAUAACUUUAGUUCCUGAUUGCACAUAGCGCUUAAAACGUUUCAGAAAAUACUUCCAAUGUGAUGGAAAUAAAGACUAAAAUGCUUGAUACCAA